AUGGUGGGUUCUCGUGCUGGCUUUCUAGUUAUGCUUUUCACAGGCCGCAUUAAUGCUCCCGGAGAAGUUUCAACACAUUCUUCGUGUUAUGAACACGAAUAUCGAUGGCCAGCGGAAGGUAUCGUUUGCCAUUACCGCCAUUAAGGGGGUUGGUCGGAGAUAUGCCGUCGUAGUUUGUAAAAAGGCUGACAUCGACAUCCGCAAGCGCGCUGGUGAGUUGACAGAAGACGAGGUCGAAAAGCUGGUGACUGUUAUGAGCAAUCCUCGCCAGUACAAGAUUCCGGAUUGGUUCUUGAACAGGCAAAAAGACGUAGAGGAUGGCAAACACAGUCAACUUAUGUCGCAAGCCCUAGAUACCAAGCUUCGUGAGGAUCUGGAGCGCCUCAAGAAAAUCCGCGCACACCGUGGUCUCCGACAUUACUGGGGGUAGGUUCCACUUGUUAAUCUUCGUAUUUAAUGCUUUGCACCUGAAUUGCCCGGGAUUAUGUUGGACUUAUCCUGUCAACCACCGAGUUCCUAUUUUAUCUUACUGGGGAUAAUGCCAAGACACGACCCUGUGGGUUAACAUCGCUUAGUUACUCUUCCCACUUGGGAGCCUGCGUUAGCACUCUGCGACGUCUGUUUGCGCAUCGAUGCAUGGGCCUUCUUGCGCACUUUCCGUUCGCUUCUUUUUGGUGGUUAAAUUAAUUGCACUCGAUCUUCGUGUAUGUAUUUGUUGACCUGGAAUAGUCGAUUGCCCAUCCAUGACCCCGUUUUGACCAAUGCGUCUAUUGAGUUCACCUUUGGCCUAUAUUCUUUCGUUUGGAUUUUUCAUCUGGUCUCAUUGUCCAGAAAGUUGACUUCCCUUCAAUGGAGCUAGUCUUCAAAAACCCAGAUUGUCCAUUAUUCUCCGUGCGUUCUUUAUUUUCUUUUUUAGUCUCCGCGUUCGUGGUCAGCACACCAAGACCACUGGUCGUCGCGGACGUACCGUCGGUGUGUCUAAGAAGAAAUAA